ACAAACUUUUGGGGAGGGGAAGGUCCUCAGCAGUUAUUAACUGGCUGCGAUCUGGACCAGGCUCACAGGUCUCCUCAGUCGUGGGAUGAUUUAACUCCUGACAACAUGUGCAACAGGUAUCUUGGAUUUCUUCUUCUGAUCUGGUGUCCUGGAGAGCUACAUGCACAAAGUGCAACACAGUCCUGCAGUGCUCCCUCACUGGAUGGUGGUAAAUUCUCCCUAAAGCGUGAGACUUAUGCUCAUGGAACGUACGUGACGUACUCCUGCGAUCUUGGACGUAAACCAGCAGUGGAGGGCUGGUGGGCGAGAAGCACAUGUCAGAACGGGACGUGGUCUCCACAACCACGAUGCAUCAUGGAACGAGACUGUAUUCCACCAACGAUACCCAAUGCAAAGAACACAGAAAGCCUCACCGGUUGGUACGAAGAAGGAGACAAAAUUAGGAUCAUAUGUGACGAAGCAUAUGAACUCAAAAACAAUGAUGCCACGGCUCUAUGUACGAAUGGAUCAUGGUCCUCUGUGCCAGUCUGUGAGAGAGGUGCUGAUGCAUGUGAUGCGCCCCCUAAAGUACCACACGCCGUCAUCGUUGAUCACGGAUACCAGGAGCUGUUUGCUGCAGAUACACAUCUGCAGUAUGAAUGUGAAGACGGAUAUACUGCAGAGGGAGCAGGCACCGACAAAACCAUCGUGUGCAUAGCUGGAACCUGGACUGAAGGCCCGACGUGCAGAACAGGUGGAGGAGACACUACAUCUGCUGGCAGUGGGACGCCGCCUGCAGGUGGAGGAUCUUCUAGCAGCUCUGGAUCGAAUACGGGAGACACUGAACGUCGCCUUACUACAAUCGACAUAUGUGGGGACCCCCCCAAGAUUCCAAAGGCUGUGGUUGCGCGAACCCUCAGGAGGUCUGUGAAGUACAGCUGCCAACAAUAUUACAAACGACUCGGUCCAGAGUCUGUGAGGUGUUACAGCGAUGGCACAUGGUCAGAACUACCCAGCUGUGAAGCUUCCUUCUGCGUCGUGAACACUCUUGAAUAUCCUGACUUAAAACCCGCUGGAGAGAUUUAUCUAGAGGAUGGUGACACUGUCAGACUGGAAUGUGUGGAUCGAGCAGAAUGGUGGUUUAAUAACUAUUCUGAUGGCGAGUGCGAUAACAGAAUAAUUCAUCUUUCCAGGUGUUGUUCUAAAGCUCAACUAGCUUUUAAUACUUGCGACGGCUUUCUCACCAAGAGGAAUUAACGGCACACCCUCGACUGGAACAACUGCCGACCUGGAAGCUUUUGGGAGACAACAAAGUUCUGAUUGUGCUGUCACACACACAAAAGAUUUCUGGUUUUCAUGCUGAUCUGUGAAUGGCUGUGUGAUGUAAAAGUAAACUGCUUGUCUGUCGGUUGCUCGAAACUACAAAACUCAACAGUUAAAUAUGGUGGACUGGAGCGAAUAAAGUCUUUAACUGGAAUUCUCCUUCUA